AAUUCCAAACGCGCGCCACCAAAACCGGCCAAACGCGAGCCAGCAGCGCCCCGACCCCGACCUGGGACCAACACCAACAGCAUAAUUAGUAGCCGCAAUCCCCAAUCCGACGCCAACGCAAAACACAAGAGGGAAGCGACGCCCCGAUUCAUCCCCGAUUCCCACCUCGGAGCCUCGAUUCGAUUCCCCGUCGAAUUCCUCCUCGGAGUCUCGAUUCGAGACGCCGAUCCGAAGGGGGGAGGGAAGAGGAUGAGCUUCCAGGACCUGGAGGCCGGCCACGUCCGGGGGGCGCCGCGGAGGAACGGCCGGGCCGGGGCCGGCGGCGCAGGAGCAGGCGCAGGCGCGUCGCAGGCCGUGGCGUCGGGCGUGUUCCAGAUCAACACGGCGGUCGCCACGUUCCAGCGCCUCGUCAACACGCUCGGCACGCCCAAGGACACCCCCGACCUCCGUGACAGGAUACAUAAGACACGGCAACACAUAACACAACUAGUGAAGGAUACAUCAGACAAGCUUAAACAAGCUAGUGAGGCGGAUCAUCGUGUUGAAGUCAGCGCUACCAAGAAGAUUGCUGAUGCAAAGCUAGCUAAGGAUUUCCAAGCAGUCCUAAAAGAAUUCCAGAAAGCUCAACGGCUAGCAGUAGAGAGAGAAGCUGCAUAUGCACCUUUUGUUUCUCAAGUGGGUCUGCCACAGAGCUAUAGCUCAAGUGAGGUGAAUAAUGGUGCUGAUAAGUUGUCUGAGCAGCGCACGCAGCUUCUAGAAUCUAGAAGGCAAGAGUUGGUCUUCUUGGAUAAUGAGAUUGUGUUCAAUGAGGCCAUCAUCGAGGAGAGAGAUCAGGGAAUACAAGAGAUUCAGCACCAAAUUACUGAAGUAAACGAAAUCUUCAAAGAUCUUGCUGUGCUAGUCCACGAUCAAGGAGCAAUAAUUGAUGACAUUGACUCCCACAUAGAAAAUUCUGUUGCGGCGACUACACAAGCAAAAGGCCAGCUUUCGAAAGCUGCUAAAACUCAGAAGUCGAACUCUUCGCUGAUAUGCCUGUUGCUGGUUAUUUUCGGGGUUGUCCUGCUCAUAGUGAUAAUAGUCCUUGCAGCAUAGAACCUUGGGAGGCACCUGAGGCUCCAAAACCUGGUCGAGCUUAGCGUGAAGAAUUCCUUCAUAAGUUAUUUUUGCUGUGCAGUCAGGAAUGUAUCCUGGUUUCAGCCUGGAGGGGGUUGGCUUUCUGGUUGUGGUAUGUUGGUGUAUGUGGUGAUGUGUCUGGAAUGCAUGGUUUAUACAAGUAAUUUACUUCCUUCCGUGUCA